AUGAGAGGUCUUAUUUUGUGUUGCUUUACAGGGAAAAAACCUUCUAAACUUCACCAAUGCAAGGUUAUGAGUACAAGAGACCUGUCAGAAUAUGCUCAGCCAGCUGGGAAUCAGAAUUCUGGAAAGGAAACUCCUCAGAAAGAGCCCAGGAGGAACAGUGUUGAAUUAGAUUUGGACAAUCGAAAGAGAAAAUUAAAUUCACCAGAAGUGGAAAGAAGAAAACGAAAAAGUAGAACCGUCAGCAGUUGCGAUGCUUAUCACCCGCUUGCGAAUUACGUAUUCCCAAGAACUAAAACUAAAUAA